UCUUUGGGCAAUAGAAGACGGGAGAAGAAGAGCGGCUGGUGUUGGUCUGAAGAAAAGGGAGAAGAAGAGCGAUUGGUUCGAAUAUUAUUCAGAGAUCGAAAGGUUUGGAAGUUUUUCUUGCUGAAUUCUUUGGUUUGAUGAACCUUUGUGUUUUAUGCAGUACAAGGGACUGUGGUCUUCUGCUUUUGUUUUUUGUUAGCUGGGUUGUUGGUCUUCACCGAUUUCUGUUUUAACCCUUGAAUUGGAACUCUACAUGUUUUUGUGUUUGAGCGUUGGUGAUUUCUUAUUGAAAAUAGAUACUGGAUUUGAGGAUUUUGGUGGGGUAGGCGAGUGUGAGCACUACAAUAAUGUAUUCAAUUAUAGAAUCCUGAGAGUUGAUAAGUUAGUUGCUGGGGGAGUUAAGCAUAGAGACAAAAGUUUACUGUGAGGGAAUGGAUGUGGAGCAAGAAAUUGCCCAACUUUCGGCCUGUGAUUUUAUCCAAAUUUCCUCUGGUUUUUCGGUUUGUGAGAACUGAAAAAACUAACUUCCAGAUAUAAGAGGAAACCUGCAGGUUAGGGUUUGAUGAGUUGGCAAAGCAAGAGGUGAAACUAGAAUUAGAAAGAGAGGCUGUUUGGUCGUUAACAUGAGCUCUUACCACAUUACGUUGGGUAUGGUCGCAAUCUGAACUGUUCAACGGUGCAAUCAUCCAUCUUUGGGGCCUCUAUCUCAACUUGGUCGUCUUCUUUACACAAAUCCCUGGCAACUUUCUAGUUCAUGUGAAGCGUGAAGUGAAGCCCCAUUUUCAUGAGAAGUUGUGGAUUUGCAUAAUCGGGAAAUCGAAAGAAAUGAGUGGGGGUUUGAUAUGGGCAACGGCAGAGGACUUGGCCAGAAACAGAGGACGCGUUCUUUUUCUGUAUCGCCAGAUAUUGAGAAGCAUCAAUUCUCCGAAUCUGCCUCUGAAUUUGGCAGCAAGACUUGCCAAGAAAGCAGAGGCGCGCGCAAUCUUCAUGUUGGCUUCCGAGGAGAGGUCCCUGCACAACAUUGAAGACCUCGUUGAUGCUGCCAACUACUCUCUAUCCCUCUUGAGGAAAGGAGAGAUACCCAAGUAUAUUCAAUGAGGGUUCUGAGUCUCCUUUGGUAACUGUUGCAAGAGUUGGAAUGCGGUGAAAUGCUUAGCUGCUCUUCUUUUCACGGUGCAUGAUGGACAAACUGAAACUGGUCAUAGCUGUAGAAAAAUGCAAAGUGGAAAUUUUGGUGGUCAUUGAUCUUUGAUUGUUGCAUAUACAUACAAUGAAUCCAUUAGUUUGAUUUGGUAGUCUAAUAUUAUUUUCCUUCCUCCCAGACUUGUACAAGUCAUAAUCUUUGCUACAUAACGAUGAUCUACUUUGUCAAGAAAAUUGGAUUAUUAGAUUAAAUAAAUAUGUUGGAUCAAUUGAAACAGAGUUCCUUAA